AUGGCGUGGGAUAACUUGGACCAAUCUUCUCUGUCAUUUGUUGUGCAUGGACCUUGUUCUGAUAGUUCGGUCUCCCAGCGCAAUGGAUGUAGCAGCAAAGACACUAUAAUUUUAAUCAGCCAAGGCAUAAGAAGAGCUGAAACGUUGGGAGUAAAUAGUCCAUACCUGAUAGCAGAGCAGCAUAUGAUAACUGUAUGA